UUUCUGCCUGAGUGGCUCUGGGGAUUGCCCCAGACACUCUACCCCCCUUUCAGUCCCCUCCUCUAAUCCUUUGCAACAAAAGAGGCACCGAAACCAGAAUGAGUCCCAGUUCCGGACUCCGUCGCCCAGGUAGAUCCGAGCAAAGCCAUGGCGAAGACAAGCGCAUUGCUUCUGGCCCUCCUGGCCGCCUUUUUGGGGGUCACAUUUGGCUCAGGUGAGCGCCCAGUGUCGGAUGGAGGAGAAGGCCUUGUCCUCCCAAAGGCAGAACUGAGCAGGUCAAAACGCAGCCCAGGUGGGACAGAACUCUGCCCAUGCCCAGGCAUGGACGCCCCGAAAAGACACAAGCACCAUUGUCCUUGCGAUCAUUUUGGCUUCUUCUUCAUGACAGAAGAACCCCAUCGUCGCCGCCGUCGCCGCCAUCAUCAUCAUCCCCAUCAUCCUCAUCAUCACCACGGCAGAAAAGCCAAGCAUCACUUGCAGCAAAGGAAGAAUCAGUGCCUGCGGUUCCUGAAGCAUUGCCUUCGGAGGCAGAUCAGCAUCCCCCUUUAGCAGAGCAUAAUAAACCACAAAGCCUCAUCAAUAAAGCUAUUGAUUUCCAAUAUUGA